GUUUCGAACACAACUCUUUGUUGUUGAUUGCCUUGAUUGUCAUCAUUGGAAAUUUCAGAAGUUGAAUUCAAUAUCAUUAAUUUACGCCUCUUUCCUCUAAAAAGUUAUUUUGAGUAAUUAUUUCACACACUAAACACACUGCUAUUGAAGUCUUGAUAAAACAAGUUGCACAAGUAUCCAAAACAUCUUGUGAAUUAAGAAAGUUAGCCUUCUCAAGUGAAUUAAUUUUGGGGAGUUACAGCACAGCUGUAAAGCCACAAACACUUAUUUUCUUUUAGAGUCCCUAUAAACCGUCACCAUUCAGAUCAUGAAGAAAAAGGUUUUAUUGAUGGGGAAGAGUGGCUCGGGGAAGACCAGUAUGAGGUCUAUCAUAUUUGCCAACUAUAUAGCCAGGGAUACUAGAAGACUUGGAGCUACAAUUGAUGUGGAGCACUCCCACGUCCGGUUCCUGGGCAACCUAGUGCUGAACUUGUGGGACUGCGGUGGUCAGGAGGCCUUCAUGGAGAACUACUUCGCCUCGCAGAGAGACAACAUCUUCAGGAAUGUGGAAGUCCUCAUCUAUGUGUUUGAUGUGGAGAGCCGUGAGAUGGAAAAGGAUUAUCACUACUACCAGUCCUGUUUAGAAGCUAUUUUACAGAAUUCACCAGAAGCAAGGAUAUUCUGUCUUGUUCACAAAAUGGACCUUGUUCCCGAGGAGACAAGAGAUGAGAUCUUCAGGUCACGGGAGGAAGAUCUGAAGAGGUUGUCUAAACCACUAGAGUGCACAUGCUUCAGAACUAGCAUAUGGGAUGAGACCUUGUACAAAGCAUGGUCGAGCAUAGUGUACAAACUAAUUCCAAAUGUGAAGGCGUUAGAAUCGUCACUAAAACAGUUUGCCGCCAUUGUGGAUGCAGAUGAAGUGCUUCUGUUCGAGCGCGCGACGUUCCUGGUGGUGUCGCACUGCCAGCGGCGGCCGCACCGCGACGCGCACCGCUUCGAGAAGGUCUCCAACAUCGUGAAGCAGUUUAAGCUGUCCUGCUCCAAGCUCGCCGCGCAGUUCCAGAGCAUGGAGGUCCGCAACAGCGUGUUCGCGGCGUUCAUCGACGGGUUCACGAGCAACACGUACGUGAUGGUGGAGAUGUCCGACCCCAAGAUCCCGUCCGAGGCGACGCUCAUCAACAUCCGCAACGCCCGGAAACACUUCGAGAAACUGGAGAAAGUGUCAUCGAGCGCGCCUCAGUACCACUAAGUUAGUUAAGCCCUCGAUUAUUCCGCCUCAUGUUUCUGAACGGUCGACCAAUGGCGUGCAAGAUUUUUCGGAGCGGUGACAGCUGUCAGAAUGCU